AUCUAAUUUGAAUUCUUCCCACAAACAAACUAGACAGACAAUCUAAACUCAACCCACGUCAUCCUGAAUUAAACACCAUCGGUUUUUAUCCGAAUCACUGAAAUAAAAAUUGACCAACUUGAUCUUUGCUAGCGGGGGAUUCGCAGCUAUAACGAGCUUUCGACUAACAGUUGAAGCAACUCAGCUCUUUUUACAAUACCAACCGUACACGAACAAAGCCUAUUUUUCUCAGCUCACACUCACCAUGUCGACCGAUAAGUUGACUCCCGAGGUCCUCUGGGCCCAGCGCUCAUCCAAGACCGAGCCCGAAAAGAACUUUGUCUACCUGACCAUCUCGGUGCCCGACGUACCGUCGUCGAACCUCAAGCUCGACCUCAAGCCGACCGGCCUGACCUUCACCGGCCACUCAGACACCCUCAAGAGGACGUACCACCUCGAGCUUGAGUUCUACGACGAGAUCGACCCGGCCGCGAGCGCCACGCACCACACGGCCAAGAACGUCGAGCUGAAGCUGCGGAAGAAGGAGCUCAAGGAGGAGUACUGGCCCCGUCUGCUGAAGGACUCCAAGAAGGUUCACUUCCUCAAGACAGACUUCGACAAGUGGGUCGACGAGGACGAGCAGAACGAGGCGGCCGAGGAUGACUUUUCCAACUUUGGCGGCAUGGGUGGCAUGCCCGGUAUGCCCGGCAUGGGCGGCGCAGGUGACUUUGGAGGCAUCGACUUCUCCAAGCUCGGUGGCGGUGGCAUGGGUAUGCCCGGCGACGACGAGGAGAUGGACGAGGAGGAGGAGGACGACGAGAUGCCUGGUCUCGAGAACGCCGAGGAGGCCGACGCGGCGGCAGCCGGCAAGACGGAUGCCGCUGCCAAGCCUUGAUAAUACCCCGAACGGUGGAUCGAUACGUGAACCCUCCCGGAUUUUAUUCAAGAAAGAGGGAAAACAAAAAUAAGCGAUUCUGUAACGUGUUUUGAGAAGGGUACCUGUGAACGACUGUAAUGAAACAUAGUUACGAUGAAUUAGUGAGGCAGACGAAUACGAUCGGAUGCGGCUGAUGUGAAGUCUCCCUUGAGGCACCGGCACUGUGUUGUUAAUAGACGAUGUAAACCAGUUCUUGCAGAGGCCUGCCUGUUGAGAAAGCAUGC